AUGGCAACUGAGGCUGCACUCCAAGAUCCUCUCCUGUCACUUCGACGUGCGAUUGCCUCUGGCAACCUGCCAACGCCGACCACCUCGUCCGAGCUCUCCGACCAACCUGCCACUGACGACCUGGCCAAAGCCACACAUCUCUACUUCACCCAACCAGUUCCUCAGACAAUCGCUUUGUCAACCCCCACACGAUUCAUCUCAGCAUCUACCAACUCCCCUGUCGACCUGCGCAGUAUCCUUUUCGCCUGGCAGAACAAAGAUGUCGCUAUUCCCGAGUACAUCGCCAAGGCGCAAGAAUUCAAUGAAGCGCUGAAGCAGCAGACGAAAGAGGGUGCCAAGGAAGAAAGUGUUCAGAUUCUCAUCUUCCUCGAGCGCCUCGAUCUUUUCACCUGGCUAGAGGGUGCCUCCGACGACAGCGAACAUAUCAAACCCCUCGAGGGUGCUGCUGCCGCUGCUGAGGCGGCCGCCGCGGCUGCAGGUGUUGCGCAGGCCGAUAAUGCGGCCGGAAUUGCCGCCGGUGCAAUUGGCGGCGUCACAUCCGUCCCCAGUGGAGCUGCAGGAGCCGCCCAGCCUGGAACUCAACUUGGUCGCCCACAAAAGCAGGUCGACCCUCGACUACAGGAGAUUUACAAUGGGGAGCGGAAGACCGGUGACCGCAACACAGUACUGCGGGGAAUCAAGUCGACAGACUUCUCACAUGUCCGCAAGAGCGCCGAAUUAUUCCUCGACCGCAACCGCAGUCGGCCGGGCCAGCCAAACGCCAAACCGGGCAUCAAGGGCUCCAUCCCGGCUCCAUCAGCCGGCCUCUCGAUGGCAUCGCGCAAGUCGAGCUCCUCCCACUCCCGCCCCGACCCAAUCAUCCUAAUCUCCCCUUCCGCCUCAUCCCUCAUCCGCAUGUCGAACGUCAAAUCCUUCCUCGAGGAAGGCAUCUUUCUCGAGCGACCGCUCCGCCUCAACGGCGACGCCUCGAACCCCGCGAGCGCAAGCUCCCGUGCCGGCGGCAAGCCCACCCGCCCAACCAAGUUCAUCGUCGUGGACGGCACGACCAACUUCAAACCCGAGUACUGGAACCGACUUGUCGCCGUCUUCACUACCGGCCAGACCUGGCAGUUCAAGUCGUACAAGUGGUCUUCGCCGCCGGAGCUGUUCAAGCACGCCACCGGUGUGUAUAUCGGGUGGCGUGGUGAGGAUGUCCCUAGCCAGGUUAAGGGCUGGGGUCGAGGUGUUGAGACUUUCGCUGUUGAGCGUUGGGACGAGAAGAAUGGUGUUCACGGUGGUGGGCGGUGGCGGGAUCGUGAGGUAGUGGAGGGUAUUUGGACUGCUAUUGAGGAGGGCAUGAGACUUCGUGGAUGGGGGAAAUAA